AAUACGGAGCAUGUGUGUCUUGCUGCCAGUUUUCGGGAUCACUUGGCUGUUCGGAGUGUUCGCUGUCAACAGAGAAACUGUUGUGUUUCAAUACCUCUUUGUCAUAUUGAACAGUCUACAGGGAGCCCUUAUCUUUAUAGUUCAGUGCAUAAUGGAUAGGAAAGUGCAGGACGCGUUCAAAACCAGGCGUACGAGGUGGCUUUCAUCAAAGAUGGAAACGAAUGCUUCUGAAAUGAAAUUGAUGUCCUCGGCUGUUACAAAAUCGAGAAUAGUGCCUUCCGAAUCAACUGCAUAGCUGCCGACUUCAAAUCUGUUGACCAACUUUUGAGCUCAAAGACAUUCUUCGUUUAGUUUAAGCGAAUACAGUCCGUGUUUAUUUGACAUUGUUACUUCGAUUAUAGUGCGUUAUUUGAGUAUAGAUAUUAAUUAUUUUAUAGUAUAGGUCAACAACAAAAAGACAUAACACUUGCCAGCGCGCAUUAACUCAUUUAAUGGAACUUAAUCAUGACUGAAAAGAAGCUUGUUUUUCGUUGACGGCUUUCUAAAUGAUAACAUGAGAAACCGUCUGGCGAUCCAACUGAUCGAGGCAGCAGGAGCAUUUUUGUUGUUAUAAUGCCUUAUAAUCAACGCUGAACUACUUGUAAUUAAAACAGUUUACAUUGUUGUGUCUAAUAUAUGUCUUGGUAGCCAUUCUAUUCAUAAGUCGUUUUUUGUUGUUAUAAUGCCAUAUAAUCAACGUUGAACCACUUGUAAUUACAAUAUUAUUCAUGUUUGUUUUUAAUAUAUGUUUUAGUAGCCAUUCUAUUCAUAAGUCGUAUCUUACAUCAAGAAAGGGCACUUUCAUAUUUUCUCUUCCUCUUUCAUGUCAGCUUCUAAUCUUCGCAACUCUUACCUAAAUUUCCAAUAAUCCAAAAGAUGAAAUAAGUACCCGUAUGGAUCUCCUUUUAUUGUGAUCACACAAUCACUUUCCUUGUUGAAUACCGUCGUCCAUAACCUUGUCUUGUGGCAAUAUUUAUAUCCAAAUUUUUUUUUGAGGUGGGAUAAAAAGCAUCCAUCAUAGCCGCCCGUGUAAGAUUCAUCCCAACCUUCGCGCAGAUUGUUUUGCAGAAACUCGGUAAACCUCGUUACCACUUAAAAUUCUACGCUUUGGUUGGGGUGAACCUUUCUCCCACCUCAUAUAAGUAGAUCCAAAAUUUAACCAUGCUAGAAAUAAAAAAAAAAUCAACAAGUACCCGUAUGGAACUCCUUUUUAAUGGUCAUCACAUUGUAAUUACCUCCCUUGUUGAAGACUCUAGUCUGGAGCAUCAUAGUAACCUUUUCUUCUGGCAAUAUUUUGAAUGCUUAUUAAUUAAAAGGCACCAUCAUUAAGUUUCACGCACCAUUCAUGAAAAGAUGCUGCACUCACCUCAGAACUAUUUAAAGACCGAUUAAACAUACUAGUCUGAUUUGAUGACACCCAUAAGUUAUCACAUAUCCAUACGCAUUUUUCACUACCCACAGAAGAGUUUCAGCAAAAAUACAUUUUUACUUUAUUUUGUUUAACUGAAGGGAUAAACAGCAUUUACCAUAGCCGCUCGUGUAAGCUAGGUUACCCCCAACCCUCGCGUAAGGUGUUUCGCGGAAACUCGGUAAACCUCGUUUCCGCAAAACACCAUACACUUGGGUCUGGAUAUACCUAUCUUACACUCUCGACCAUUGAAGAUACUUAUAAUCUAACACUCUCGGCCAUUGAAGAUACUUUUUAUUCCAUAAAAUAUUUCUUCAUAAAACAUUUCUCCAACCAUAAGUAUUUCCAGCUCAAACAUGUAGCUAUUCCAGCAUAUUUUAUUUUCUUCAUCAACGCCACAAAACAUGGUUUACCUUGGAUGGGUGAAUGUCUGAUGUUAUAAUUCAUAUUCACUGUCACUGUCUUCAAUUUUCACUUCAGCUAUUGUCAAUAUUUACUAAACAAAGUUUUAUACAACAUGUAGCCUGAUAAUGUUCACUUAAAUAAGAUCACUGAUUGUUUAUCACAAUGGAACCAUACUUAAGUCAAUAAAGUGUCACUUUAGACUGUCGCAAAAGUGAAAUUCACUGUAAAUUAUUGCACACAUAUUAAGCUCUAUUCACGAUAUUCACUUUCAUUUGUACAUUUGUUGCACAAUUGUUUUAUCAUAGUAUAUGUUACUAUAUGCAUGGCUUUAAUACACUCUAAUGUCGCAUGCUUCCAUUUUCACUAAUGUCAUAAUUAACUUAUAUAAAAAUACUAAAUCUUAACUGUAUCACCAUACAAAGUGUCUGUUAUUUUUCACUAAGCUUACUAUUAGCGAUACAUUCAUUUUCACAAUUUCAACAUAAUAGUGCAGUCAUACUGACAUUUCUCAAAUUCGAAAUCGCAUCUCUUUACUUUCUGACACAAAUAAUGCACCAUCUGUUUUCAAAAUAUUAUUAUUACACGGUUUCCCAAUUAAAGAUCCUGUUCCAAAAAGUUCACCAUUCAUUCAUUACAGCUUAAAAUCAUCAUAACACAUAGGAAUUACUUAUGCAAUGGAAGUAUUUUUGUUAGGCUAUAUCGUCAUAUAUGGGAUAAAGUAUUGUUUUGGAAAUAAACUUUCAAAUAUGUUUACCAAAUGUAAUAAGACAAGAGCUUGUACAUGUUCACAUUUAUUUGAAUAUCCAUUAAACUCUAUUCUUAACAAAGUAUUAUUAUCAUUAUCUGUUUUAUAUUUGUUUAUAAAUAAAUGUAA